AAACAAUCACAACCCAAAAGAUAACUUUUCAUUCUUGAUUUAGCCCCUUUCACUUUUAGUUAUUACUUGACCACAUGGUUAGCGAACCAGGCAGCUAUUCACCUCGUUAGACGGUAGUUAUGACCCACUUUUAAUUCCUAGCCCAAUUGCCAGAACGGAGACACAGUAUAUAGUACCUUCAAAACAUUAAUGGGUGGGAUAGAAUUCACCUAAAUAUUAAUUCAAUUCAACAAUGUUAGGUAACCAAAAAAUUUUGUAUAGCUUGGGUCAACUCAUGAUUUCAAGUCGUCUCGAUUGCAAAGGAUCCUUCCGUUUGCUUUUAGUAUUUGCUUAUAUAAACCAAUACUUUCAGUGCCAAGCUUCCAUCCAAUACAUACUUCCUAUUGAAAGAAAGAAUUUGGUAUAGUCACUAAUAAGCAAAUUCAGGCACACUAUCUUUCACUUUCUGGUGGCCAAAAUUAUAGAAGGAUCAUCACAGUGUGAGGCUGCAGCAUCUUGCUGUACAUUACUGUGUUGAGGAACCUAUAAUUCUUAAUCUUCACUGCAAGCAGAAAUUUAUCCUUGGACCAUAAAUAUACAUGGAGAAUGAUGUAGCAAUAGAGCUUGAAGCAAUGCUGGAGAAGGCACAACCUUUGUUUACAACCGAAAGCUGCUGCAUCUACAAAGUGCCUCAUCAAUUCCGUCAAUCAAACGAAGACGCAUACACCCCAGUGCUUGUUUCAAUUGGCCCUCUGCAUCACGGAAAUUCUAGAUUGGUAACCAUGGAAGGACACAAACAGGUUUAUUGUCAACAUUUCAUUCAAAGAUCGGAGGCAAGUUUGACCGAUUUGAUGAGUUGCGUGCAACAGUUGGAACCACAAAUUCGUGCAUGUUACUCGGAGAAGAUCGAUCUCACGGUGGAUGAAUUGGUGAAGGUGAUAUUCAUAGAUUGUUGUUUCGUAAUUGAGCUUUUCCUCGGAGAUGAAUGGGUGAUAAAUGAUGUCAUCCCUUCAAAAUCUUGGAUGGCUUAUCGGGUAAUGCAAGAUUUGAUAUUACUUGAGAAUCAGGUUCCUUUUUUUGUCUUUGAGAAGAUAUACAAUCUAGCUUUUGCUUCUCGUUUAAAUGGUGCUGAAUUCCCUUCAUUUAUGAGGCUUGCUUUUGGUAUAUUUAAAAUUCACAACCACCAAGGAGUGUCGCCACCUUCGAAUGGUAGAACUAUAGCACACUUCACUGAUCUGCUUAGAUACUUGUACUUGCCACCAUCUCAUAGAAUACCUUCAAGGAACCCUGGAUCGUUAGUUCUUGGUCACAGUGCAUCUAAGUUAGUUGAAGCAGGAGUCAAGUUCUCAGUAAAUAAACCAUGGCACGGCAUUGGCAUACUAGACCUGGAAUUUGAACAUGGUAUUCUUAAAAUUCCGCAUAUUGAAGUAGAUGAUUUCACUGAAGUUAGGUUGAGGAACAUUGUGGCCUUGGAGCAGUGUCACUAUCCUGAUGACCACUACAUCACUGACUACGUUAGCUUCCUUGCUGGACUUGUCAACAGGGACAAGGAUAAGGAUGUCCUCAUCAACGCUGGAAUAAUUGAGAGUAUAGUAAGUGGUAAUGACACUUCAGUGGCUAAGCUAUUCAGCGAUGUUGAUAAAAAUACUAUAGUGUCAAAUGUUAAUGAUAGUUAUCUCAAAAUUUGUGAUGAUUUGAAAGCUUACUAUAAGCAUCCUUGCCACACUAAAAUGGCAACUCUCAGACGCGAUUAUUUUACCACUCCAUGGAAGACAGCAGCUUCCAUCGCUGGAAUUGUAUUACUCCUUCUUACUUUUGUUCAGACUAUAUGUUCUAUUCUCCAAGUUUAAUAAGUAGUACUAAGGCUACCACAUAACCACAUGCAUUCACAAAAGGCUACUUAAAUUUGAGGUGUGUUAAUUAUUAUUGCCAACACUCUAUGACAGAUUUUAAUUUGUAUUCUUUCA